ACAAACGCAGAGGCUGCGCUGGAGGGAGAUUUGAGAGGCGCAUGGAGAGCUGUCGUUCCGAACCUUGGCUCACUGGAGACUAAUUGUUAAUAUAUUUCUCGCUUUAUCGCUACAUUUAACUUUUUACCACCAUGGAAGCAAACCCGAACAUAAAAGUGACGCCAAAAGGGUUUCUCUGCAUCUUAUGCAAUGUCAAUUUACCUAACUUGCCAAGCCUGGGUCAGCAUGUGAAAGGGCGCAAACACAUGACUCUGAGCACGGUGAAGGAGACCAGGAAGGCCCAGGGGGAGCGCAGUGUGUUCGUCAGCGGCAUCAAGCCUGACAUCUCUCAGACUGACAUCACUGAGUACUUCCAGAAGUUCGGCGAGGUCUCAGAUGUUAUCAUGGAUAAAUCCAAGGGUGUGUUCGCCAUCGUGCAGUUCACUGAGACCAACAGCACACAGGCCACGCUGUCCUGCCUCGAGCAUCGGAUGAAAGGCUUGAAGCUGCGAGUCAAACCUCGGGAGAAGAAGGAUUUCAAGCUGAUUCCCAAGAAGGCCGGGUCGGAGAACCUCCAACAGUCUCUGGACCGUCUCAAACCUCAGCUGUGUCAGUUGGCAUCUGUGGAUGCACAGAUGCAGUACGUUGUCGAGCGAUUUCAGCUGGGAGACAAUGAGAAGAAAGCCCGAGAGUUGCUGGUUCAGCUCCUGCAAGAGGUUUUCGUGGAGUUUUUUCCAGACAGCCAGAUUCUGCCAUUCGGUUCAUCCAUCAACACUUUCGGCGUCCACUCCUGCGACAUAGACCUGUUCCUGGACCUGGAAAACACCAAGGUGUUCCAGGCGCGUGCCAAGUCCACCACAGAACAGGCAGGGGAGGCCAUGUCAGACGAUGGCCGCUCAGAGGACUCCAUCCUGUCUGAUAUCGACCUGUCCUCUUCCUCUACCAACGAGGUCCUGGAACUUGUUGCAACAAUCCUCAGACGCUGUGUCCCCAGUGUGCACAAAGUCCACGUGGUCGGCAGUGCUCGCCUCCCUGUAGUCAAGUUCCAUCACCAGGAGCUGAACCUGCAGGGCGACAUCACCAUCAACAACAGACUGGCAGUAAGGAACACCCGCUUCCUACAGCUGAGCUCAGGGGUGGAGGACAGGCUGAGGCCGCUGGUGUUCACCCUCCGCUACUGGGCCAAGCAGAAACAGCUGGCUGGAAAUCCCAGUGGUGCCGGUCCUCUUCUCAACAACUACGCCCUGACUCUGCUGAUCAUCUACUUCCUGCAAAACUGUGAUCCUCCUGCCCUCCUCACAGUGGACCAGCUCAAAGACAUGGCGUGUGAGGAGGAAGAGUGUGUGAUUGAGGGAUGGGACUGCACCUUCCCUAGCCAGCCUAUAGCUGUUCCCCCCAGCAAGAAUACGGAGGACCUCUGCCCCCUGCUCUUUGGCUUCUUCACCUUCUAUGCUAAUUUCGAUUUUGCCGGUAGUGUCAUAUCUGUCCGGAAAGGCCGUGCACUCCCAAUCACUGAUUUCCUCAGCCAGAAUAAAGCGGAGGAGGCCAUGCAGGAGGAAAAACCCACCAAGCCCCAACCCCACGGCCCAAAACUAGGCCCACUAAAUCUAUUGGACCCCUUUGAACUCUCCCACAACGUAGCUGGCAACGUGACCGAGCGCUCUCACCGCAGCUUUCAGAGAGAGUGCCAGGACGCUGACAAGUACUGCCGCAGCCUGCAGUACCAGCGCAAAUCCAUCAAGGGGAAAUCAUGGGGGCUGGUGCGCUUGUUUACCCCCCAUGGGGAUGCCCCGCGGGCCAACACAGAGCAGCUGACCAUCAGCAUCCCCUUCAAGUUAGCGUCGCUACCCGAAACGCUGAGGAAUGAGCUGCACAUGGCGGGAGAUGGUUUCCGGUUGCUGUGGUUUCAGAAGGUCUGCUCUGCCGUGGAGGGAGUCUUUGAAAAUGUUCUCAGGUGUGACAUCGCUCCCUCCACAGACGCCGCCUUCGGUCAGGAUUCAGUGGUCGAUGCCGCCGGGGAAAUGGAAACGUCCCUCAACACGUCGACAAACGACAGCUUUGACAGUUUAGAAUCCCACGAUACGGCUGUGGUCGGUGCCAAGAGGCGGCUGUCCUCUGGCAGCGAAGCAUCUGUGUCGCCUCAAGGCAAAAAACCGAGAAUGACCAAAAUGCGAAAGCCCGAACUCCCUCACUGGAUCUGCGCGCAUAAGCACAUGGUGUGGGCCGGCCGGAGGAGAGUGAGGAGGGAGCUGAUCAAAGAUACUGACUGCAGGCCGGAGGGCAGCUGCAUGGAGCUGGAGGCGCAGGUCACAGAUCACAUCAUCGAGAAAGAGCCCGAGCUCAAGGAGACCCUGGAGUUCAAGGUGCAGCCGCAGAUGGUGGGCGAGACGGAGAGCACGAAGACGGUGCUGACGCUGGAGCCAACCAGCGACAAGACGGGAGUGUUUCACGACUUAUUUCACUUCCUGGAAAUCUUCUUGCCUAAAAUGGUAGAGACACUGCUCGAGAAAGAAGCAGGUAGAGCGUAAAACAAGACGUGUUUAGGAUGUGUCUCCAAUUUAAGAAUUUUCUUUAUUUGUUUUGAAUCCAUUUAAUGCUACGAAUAUUAACCCUUAAGAGACAUGAAAGAGUAUUAUGUGGCUUUUUGUUGGCACUUAAGUUGGCUAUUAUAUUUGUGAAUGUGGGCUUUUUCAGAAUAUCAAGUUUGUAAUAUUUUCCCAUAUCUUUGUACUUUUUUGCAUUUAGUAUAAGAUAUCCUGACUUAGCCCUACUUUUAUGUUUGAGACGCGGCUUGUUUUUUGUGCAGUUCUGUACAAAAUUAUUAUCUUAAAUGAUGAAGCUUUAAAGGGAUAUUCAGUGGCUGACAUUUGAUGCUAUCUUCAAAUGAAUAAAAAAAUAUUUGUAUAACGCCA